UGCAUGAACUGUCAAGUCUAGACAUGGCCUUUGUUUCUCCACUGACUCGUGAAAGUGGUCCAAAUCGUUUCCCGUAGUGGGUAUCCUAGCAACAAUGCGAACGACAUCGAUGUGAAUUAACUUGCUUCUGAAAAGGUUUGUAGCAAGCAGGAACCUUUUUUGUCUGUGUAAAAAUAUUUAACAAUGGUAGCUUGCCAUGGGCUUUUCUUACUCUCCUCAGGUUGAGGUUUAUCUGCUUUGAACGCUUGGUAAUUUGGCAAGCGUCGUUAUCCCAGUGGGAAUUUAACAUACGGUAUGUAGCUAAAUUGGCUAGCUAACGUUAGCAUCAGACUGCCAGGUCUUGACAUUGAGCCAGAACAAGCCCAACCGGCCGCAAGAUGGCGAUAUUAUAAUUUUUAAGUCGUUUGUCAUCUUAAAGGAAUAAUGGCGUAAUCUUGCGUUGCGGCCGGUUGGGCUAAGCCAGACAAUGUUUCAAAUCAAAUUUGAUUUGCCACAUGCGCCGAAUACAACAGGUGUUUCAAAUCAAAUUGUAUUUGCCACAUGCGCCGAAUACAACAGGUGUAGACAUUACCGUGAAAUGCUUACUUACAGCCCUUAACCAACAAUGCAUUUAUUUCUUCAUUUAAAAAAGUAAAAUAAAACAACAAAAAAAAGUGUUGAGAAAAAAAGAGCAGAAGUAAAAUAAAAUAACAGUAGGGAGGCUAUAUACAGGGGGGUACCUGUGCAGAGUCAAUGUGCGGGGGCACCGGCUAGUUGAGGUAAUAUGUACAUGUGGGUAGAGUUAAAGUGACUACGGGGCGGCAGGUAGCUUAGUGGUUAAGAGCGUUGUGCCAGUAACCGAAAGGUCGUUGGUUCUAAUCCCUGAGCCGACUAGGUGACAAAUCUGUCGAUGUGCCCUUGAGCAAGGCACUUAACCCUAAUUGCUCCUGUAAAUCGCUCUGGAUAAGAGCGUCUGCUAAAUGACAAAAAAAAAAAAAAAAACUAUGCAUAAAUAAUUAACAGUACAGUCUGAACCUGACAAUGUUUUGAUUAGACUUGAACAGAUUCAUAUCCAUCUAUUGCAAAGUGUUCAAGUUAAUUCCAACUUCCCCUAUCCAUGUUUUGAUUUGGUCAAGAUUGUUUACAAGAGCUAACGUUAUGGAUUAUGAAACUCCAAAGAAUCAGAUGCCCUCUCCUCGGAUUUAUGUGGAGAGAACUCUCGCAUUGAUCAAACCCGAUGCUAUACACCAAGCUGAGGAGAUUGAGGACAUCAUUCUCCGAUCUGGGUUCACUAUUUUACAGGUUGGUGUUCACUGUUUAUUCAGACAUGCAGCACAGCUGUUGAUCACAAACAUUCAUGCUGCACAUGCAGUGAUAUAGCCACUAGCCAGCUAGCAAACAGGUUGUGUGACUAACUGUCAAUGUGUAAAUACAAAGAGGGUGUACUAUUGAAAACAACAUGUGUGGUCUUCUUGCUAGGCAAUACCAGAGUGUUGAGCCAAAGGGCAUAGAUGGAGGACUUAGGCAAAACAAACUUAAUUGAUCGGAUUAUUGGGUGCAGUGCAUUAGUUACAUCCCCAGCCAUGAUCAGGCAAGCUCAACGUCUGCCAUGUACACUUGUCAUUCAUCGCUGUAUUUGACAUUAUGUGUGUCUGUGUAACUGCUCUUUGACAGAAACGGAAGCUGCAGCUGAGUCCGGAGCGGUGCAGUGACUUCUAUGCUGAGCAGUAUGGGAAGCUGUUCUUCCCCAGCCUAACGGCCUUCAUGAGCUCUGGACCCAUCAUCGCCCUGGCUCUGGCCAGAGACCAGGCUAUCGCCCACUGGAAGACCAUCAUAGGACCUGUUAACUGCACCAAGGCCAGGGAGACUCACCCAGAAUGGUCAGUCAGAAGGAAGAGGAUUGUACAGCUAGGUCAGGGCUGCAAGUAGGGUUAAGGCCUUGCUCAAGGGCACAUCAACAGAUUUUUCAUCAAGUCGGCUCUGGGAUUCGAUCCAGCGACCUUUUAGUUACUGGUCCAAUGCUCUUAAAAAUGUUGUCCUUCCAAUUCAAAUACCGGUAGGCCUAGUUAUUUUAUUACUACUGCAUACCUACUGCAUAUAUGCAUACCAGUACAGAGUGAUUGUACAUAUGCUCGAUCAAUACUGUAUGUGUACUGCAUGUGUGUUCCCUGUUUGACUCAGCACUUCUACUGUAGGCUAACAUGUGCAUCUUGUAUCUCUCCCCAAGUCUGCGAGCCAAGUACGGCACCUCUGACCUGAGGAAUGCAGUGCACGGCAGCGACUCGUUCUCCUCAGCCGAGAGAGAGAUCAAGUUCAUGUUUCCCAACUGUGAGUUAAACACACACACACGCAUUGAAUAUUUACCUUUUUUCAGCGCCAGUAAUUACCUUUGUUUUAUCGAAGGUAAUCCAUUUAAUACAAGUUCUUAUAUUGACAAUGACAACCUGAAUUAUACUGCAUGAGUGCCAUACACACACAGACAGUACAACAGGUAAAUAGAAGUUGGAGGGAGUAUCCCUGUGCUCAGUGUGUGUUAUACCACUGUGAUUUGCUCUCUGAUACACCCGUGUGUCGGUCCCUCCCUCUCUCUGUCCAGCUGUGAUUGAGCCCAUCCCCAUGGGAGAGGCAGCCAAAGACUACCUGGGCAGGUUUGUGAGCCCCACACUGCUCAGCGGACUCACUGAGCUCUGCAAACAGAAGCCUGUUGACCCCUUUGUAAGUAUCAGGGUGGAAUGAGAAAUGUGGACAUUCAAAUAUUCACUAUCAACAUUAGUACAUGUUACAUGAAUCAGCUAAUUCAGUUAUUUGUGUUUUUUUCCUGAAGACUUGGCUGGCAGGUUGGCUGGUCAGAAAUAAUCCCAACAAACCGAAAAUAUUUGAUGGGGCAACAGGGGAGGAAGCAGCAUAAACACAGAGACCGGAAAAUACCAUCUGCCUUCACCAGUUAAAUCCAUGUUCAAGAAACUGUGUUACAUAAAAUCCUGUGAUUAAAU